AUGGAGGACGAUUCAGAAGCAAUAGAUAACUUGCGUGAGACCAUCAAGAUGAGUUUAAGUCCGUCGGCAAUGAUAACUUACGAUUCCUUGGUUCAAGACUUUACUCUCGAUAGAAUCGGAGUGACCGAGAUGACUACAUCCCUUCGACGUUUGUUGGAGAAAGACGAGUUUCUUCAUCAACGCUUCCUUGAGGCUACCAACGAACUUAAACAAGAACAAGAAGACGCCAAUGGAGAGACCCAAGACGUUAAAGUCGACGAGAUCGCGAAUGAAGAAUCAAAUCCUGAAGCCGAUCUUGAGAACCAUAAAGAAGAUGCAACUUUGGAGAUCACACCCAGCUACGACCUUAUCCCCGAGGAAGAACGGUCUCUGGCCGUCCCAGAAACGGUGUUGAAUAACGAGUUUCGUCUGGUGAAAGUUAAAACACCAGGAUCGAAGAAACUAACCGGCUACAAAAAAGAAGUGGCGGAAUACGAAGAUGAAAGGUAUCUCAACGAUAUGAUGAUCGAGUAUCUAACGAGUGCAGUGGAGCUUUGGGAGAAAGUCAUGAGGAACGAGAUGAGAAAAGAAGAUGUUGGAGAAAAAUUCUACACUUGCAUCGAAGAGCUAGAUCGUGGAGGCCGUAUGAUCAAGAAACUAAGACAAAACUACCAAGAGGCUUUGCCAAUGAUCGUAUAUCGACUCAAGAAGAAACUAGCUUACCUCAUAGUUACUCGUGAAACAAAGAACUCUCGAUGGAAGCAAAUAGAAUCUACUGAAAAAGCUCGCAGCAGAAAGCAAAGGAGAUUAACAAUCUGA